AUGACUCCACUGAAUAAUCAAGACGCUCCCUGACUGCCUCCCUGACUGAGCAUGUCUUGCUGACUCUCUCUGCUGUCUUGAUUAAAUAAACGAAGACUUCAGUGUGUUCUUUUAAGAAUUAUUUAUUGUGCCUGCAAACAAAAGCACUUGCGUCCACCUGUAUAUUGUAAGAAAAAUUGUGCUAAAACCAAAACUAAGGAAACUCAUUUGCAAAGCAUUAGGCCGGGCCCAUCCGAUGCAAUAAACUCAGUGGCAGUGAAACCAGAACUCUGUCAUAAAGGAUUGUUGUUUCUGUGCAACCCAACCUGUUUCCUGAGGGUGUGCCAUCCUUGACCACAGGACUUCACAGCCCUUGCAGCUCAUGGGAUUAACAGUUGGCAUCAAGAGCAGAGAUGUCUAUGUGUGACACCAUCGAGCUUGCGGGGUUGGGCCGCCCAUUCCAGCUGGGAAUGCUCUAUGACUGCAGGAGAGAUGUCCUCAUUCCAGGUAUUACACUCUGGGAUGCUGACAUGCUGCAGAAGAAUAUCAAUAUACGCCCACAGCCAAACACUGAGUUCAAGAUCAUUGCCUCAGACUCUACAGAGGCUAAGGCAGAAGCUCUACAUGUGUCUGCAUCACUAGAGGCCAGCUUUAUGGGUGGGUUAGUGAGUGUAAAAGGCUCUGCAGAGUUUCUGAAUGACAAGAAAAAGUCAAAAAAUCAGUCCAGAGUUACUCUUCAGUAUCGCACUACCACACGUUUUGAGCAGCUUACCAUGGAACACCUAGGGACUGGAAAUUUCCAACAUUGCAAUGUCUUCCAGGAAGGAUCUGCCACACAUGUGGUAACUGCAGUAUUGUAUGGUGCUCAAGCCUUCUUUGUCUUUGAUCGUGAAGUCACUUCAAAUGAAAAUCAUCAGGAAAUACAAGGAAGUCUGCAGGCAACAAUCAAAGUGAUUCCAAUGGUAUCUAUUGAGGGACAGGCAUCCCUGAAGAUGACUGAAACAGAACAACAAGAAGCAGACAAAUUCAACUGUACAUUCCACGGAGACUUUGCUUUGGAUAAUAAUCCAGUUAGUUUUCAAGAUGCAAUCAAAGUUUACUCAAAUCUUCCACGACUGCUUGGGGAAAAUGGGAAACAUGCUGUGCCCAUGACAGUGUGGUUGUAUCCCCUCAAAAAUCUGGACUCCACUGCAGCCCAACUUGUUAGGGAGAUAAGUAUAGGUCUGGUGCGACAGUCUCAGCGCAUCCUUGAUGAGAUAGACGAGGCUGACAUUCAAUGCCAAGACUUGAUGAAAGAUGAGAUAGCCAUCCUCUUCUCUGAGAUUACAACCAAGCUUCGGAAAUUCAAAGGCCUGAUUUCUGAGUACAAAUUGGUGUUUCAAAAGAAACUUUGCAAAUUACUUCCGACUAUUCGGGGAGGAGGAACAGAGGAGCAAGAGUUGGUUACUACUCUGAACAGCAAAGAGAGAUCCCCCUUCCAGAGUGCAUUAAUUACAGAAUAUCUGAGUGACAGAGAACGUGAGAUGAAUGUUAUCAGGUCCUACCUUGAGAUUAUGAAAGAAAUCAGGGUGACUAAGUCCAGUAGUGAACUGGAUAAGGUUGUCCUACAUUCAAGAAACGAAUUUGUUGUGGCUUUUGUGUUCUCUUCCCUCAGUGGUGAUGGCAAAUAUCUCCAAGAUUUGGAAAGCUACCUGAAGGACGAGGCUAAGUCCACUGGCUCUGACACAUCUUAUGAAGCCAAAAGUGCCAGCAGACAGGAGCAUUGGUUUCAUUCUGGAGAGGUGACUACUCUUACCAGGCAAAGCAUCCGCUUGUUUCUUGAUUUCAUGCAGGCCAACAGAGACAGGGAAAACAUUGAGUUUUGCAUAGCAUCAGUUCCAAACAAGUCCAUCACAGCCUCAUCAAUUCAUGUGUAUGAGAAAGGGACACUUAUUGAUGCUCAGUUUUUGCUGCCUUGCAAGCCUCCUAGCCCAAAUGUUUUGAAACUGGAACAUGAUCGUGUCCAUUUACAAAUCAACCCUCCUACCAUCGGAGAAAGUUUUGUCGUCUCCUAUCGCAUUCUGUACCAGAACUCUGAGGGCUCUGACUGGAAAGAAAUAGGCACUGAUGGAAAAGCAACAGAUGUUACUAUUAGUCGCUUACACCCUCAUACAGAGUACCGAUUUAGCUGUAAGGCAGUGUGUCGACCUGGAGUGAGUCUCGCUAGCGAUGCAACAGAGUUCGUCCGAACACGUCCAUGCAGUCCUCCAGGCCCGCCAAAUGAGAAAAGUUCAGGGGCCGAAAGCAUCACUAUUACAUGGGAUAUCCCCACUGCAGUUGGAGAUGAUGUAUCAGUCAUCAGUUAUGAUGUUGAGUACCGACAGCAUAUGGAAGAUGAUACCAAGAGCAAACCGUGGGAGUGUGAGAAAGCCUCUAGUAGGGAGUGUACAUUGGAGGGACUGAAGAUGAACACCACCUACAGUAUCCGUGUUUUGGCCAAUACAGGGAAAUCAGGAAAGAGUCUGCCAAGUCCUGAAACAACUAUUACAACAUCAGGACCUGAUGCUAAGUCUGAGAAAAAGAAAUCAGCACAGGGCAAGAGUGAGCGUUUUUUAGAACAAUCGUACUGUCUGGAAAAGGGCAACCCAUCUGUAUAUCAGGUUGACUUAGAGAGGAAAUAUGGGGAGAAUGUUGAUUUUUUUCAAUAUAUGUUUGGUAGGAAGGUGGAAGAUGUGAAAAACAAGGUAAUUUUACUUCUGGGAUCCACUGGUGCAGGAAAAACAACUCUUGUCAAUGUGAUGAUAAAUUACAUACUAGGAGUCAAAUGGGAGGACCAGUACCGCUACAAACUAAUCCACGAGGUGACAAACCGAACACAAGCUGAAAGCCAGACAUCUGUGGUCACAUCCUAUGAGCUCUAUAACCAACCAGGCUUUCAGAUCCCAUACUCACUCACAAUUAUCGACACACCUGGAUUUGGGGACACCAGAGGAAUGGCUCAAGAUAAAUUGAUCACAGAACAAGUGAAAAGAUUCCUUUGCAGCCCUUUGGGGGUUGAACAUAUAGAUGCUGUGUGCUUUGUUGUUCAGGCAUCUCUUGCCCGUCUCAGUGCAAAUCAGAAAUACAUCUUUGACUCCAUCCUGUCAAUUUUUGGAAAGGACGUUGGAGAAAACAUCAUGGUUCUUGUAACAUUUGCUGACAGUGACAAAAUCCCAGUUUUAGAAGCAAUUAAGGCAGCAGAGUUGCCAUGUCAGAAGAACAAGAAAGGGCAACCCACCCACUUUAAGUUUAACAACUCUACCGUAUAUGUACAGAAAAGGGACAUAGACAGACACACUGAGGAAGUUGAUUCGGAUGAAGAUGAAGAUGAGGAUUGUGAUGAGGAGGAGAAAAUGAAGAGUAUUGUCUGGUCAACAACUUUCAAACAGAUGAAGAUGUUCUUCAAGGCCCUCGGUAGCACAGAGGGCAAAGAUCUCACUUUGACAAAGAAAGUUCUAGAGGAACGCGAACGUCUUGAGAAUGCCACUGCAAGACUAACUCCUCAAAUUACAGCUGGGCUUGCCAAGCUCAGUGAAAUCAAAAGCAUCAAACAGUGCCUGGAGAAUGAGGAUGAGAUGAUGAAACAAAACAAGAGCUUUGAGAAAGAAGUAGAGGUACUGAGAGCUAUUCGGAGCAAUGUGAACUUCUUUGCAACAAACUGUAAUAGUUGUUUAUUCACAUGCCAUUCAGGUUGUUUCCUUCCUGAGGGGGAUAAUGUCCGCUUCUGUGCUGUGAUGGAUGAGAAUGGAAUGUGUGUCAUCUGUCCAAAAAAUUGCCCUCCCUCUGUGCAUCUGAGAGAGAAAGCCUUAUGGACUUACGAAACAAAGAUGGAGAAAAAGACCAUAGAAGAAUUGAAGAAAAACUUCAUGGAAGCACAAGGAAAAUUCAUGAACACCAAGGAGAUGUUAGAGAAAUUAGAGGAUGAUUUUCAUGAGAUUGAGGACAAACUGAUGUAUUUGAUCAAGCUGUCUUCUAACUGCAUGAAGAGACUUAAUGAGAUUGCACUGAAGCCAAGUUCUAUGUCCACUUUUGAGUACAUUGAAAUACUUAUCAGAACAGAAGAAGAUGAGAAAAGGCCGGGAUUUGAGGAUCGGAUCCUUGGAUUAAGGAAAAUGAAACAGGAAGCGGAAAUUCUGGAUAAAAUUGCGAGAGGAGAAGAUAUAUUGCCACAAGAGCGUCGCUUGGUUAAACAAAAACUGGACAGAAUGAAGAAGAGUGCACAACAUGUUAAGAAAGUCAAAGCAGUUCUGAAUGCAUUGGCAACAGGAAAGAAAGAACCCUAAUGGCCUCUUGACAUUUUCUAUGUUAUAAAUAACCAGAAUGGCAACAUCAACCUUAGAAAGAACAUACAGCAUCAACAAAACAUGAAAAAUAUUCUUCAAAUUAAUUUAAAUGUCAUAAAAUGUUAUUUCUUUUAAAUUUUAUUUUAAUAUCAAUUUUUGGUCAGCGAGACAUGACAUUCCUAAUGAGAAAUUCUACUUCUACAGUAAAUGUAAGACAUUUAGAAUCUCAUAUUUUGUUUAAAUGAAUGAGUGCUGGAUGACCUCAGAUUUCUAGAGUAUAUAUUACAAAAUCAGAAUCCUUUAUUGAUUAUACAUCAAUCAAUCAUCAGAAUUAACGUUUAACAAUUGUGUUGAAUGGUAUCUGAAAUUAAAAUUGUUGACGAUUUUAAAAAUAAUCAUUGAAUGGAGCAAAUGUCCUGUAGAGCGAGCAUUAUCACACUCAAACUAUUUGUAUUAACCUAACAUAACAGUGAUGUAGCUUUGAUGUAAUUUUAACAAGGUAAUAAUUAUGUGAACUAAUUUGUAAUUUUUAGUUUCCCAGCUUUAAGCAGUGUUGUAGUACUCCAGUCCGAGACUCAGUCAUUAGCUACAUUUAGAGACUCGUGACUUGACUUGGACUUGAGCACUGAAUGACUCGAACUUGGACUCGGACUCGUGCAUUCGCACUCGAGGACUCGACUUUUUUUUGUACUAUAUCAUAAGGCUAUAAUUGUAGUAUGUCAUUAGGCUAUAAUUUGCUAUAUGAUUUUAAUAUCUAAAUUAUUUGUAAUACUAAUUUUAGUGCAAGGGAAUGUUAGGCUACUGCUUCGUGUCAUGCAUCGCAAGUCACGUCAUGUUCACAUGCAAAGCAAACUAACGUUAACUUUAACACCAAAAUGCCUGGAGACAUGGCCGCCUCCAUUUCAAUGUAGUAUUGCCAGGCAAUAUUAGUUCUCAUACAUGACAUGACAUUACCUAAGAUUACACUCAGCCUAGGCUAAACAUCACACACUGCUGCUGGAUAGCUGAUCAUCGUGACUUGGUGAACAAUGUUUUUCCUGACUGACGCGAGAAGCGUUCCAUUCAUUCAUUUUAAUUUGGGGCGUGCCCUGCCGUGCUUCUGUCUGUUAAUUUGCAGCAGGCUAUUAUCGGAUCGAAAAAAAAUAAACUAAAAGUUUUCCCGAUCAAGAUAGCAUACUUCUUAAUUUUGGUGUCAUAAAAUAUAGAAGCAUAACAUUAAAUUGCCUAGUAGAGUGUCCAUCUAGAGUGUCAAUGUAGCCUACGUGUCUGUGUAAGUGAAACUGACAUACUGAACCUCUAGUGCAGUGGUCCCCAAACUUUUUCUUCCGAGGGCCAGCUCACUAUGACUGGCUCUAAGAGAGGGCCAGAGACUCGGAGUAUAUCAGUAACCAUAAAUAG